GUGCAUAGCUCGUGGGUAACUUUGCAUGCAGAUUGCAGAGUGUAUACAUGUAGUCUAGUCGAGUCUACGGUUCACUGAACUUUGACCCCGCCCAUCCAGCCGAGAUUUACUCCCGAUAGAGGUCUAGUACGUUACUUUUUGUGGCCGAUGGAAGGGUAAGCUCCAAAUAAAAGCAGAGUAUAUCAGAUAUAUAUGGGCAGAUCGCAGACAUACAUUUGACUUAGUGUGGUGUUUAUUUUCCUACCGGAUCAGCAAUAUGAUGAUCCCUAAUGAGACGAAGAAGCAUUGUCAUUGAGUGAACUCAAGAUGGCGUUGCUGAUAGGGAGAUUAUUUCCUAGGCGAGCUUCAUGCAGUGAUUUUAGAAGCCACAGGGUGCAAGGAUUCUGCAUCUAUCUCCUGACUAUAUUAGCAAAUAUAGUGCAUACAGAGAGCAACACUGUGACUACUUCCAUGCAGCUUGAGUACACCACUAUAAUCAUUCCUAAUUCAACAAUGGAAAUAUUGGUUCCUUUUACAUCCAUUCCGACUCCAUCAUCAUCAUCAUCGUCAUCAUCAUCAUCAUUGUCGUCCCUAGUAGGUUCUUCUUUUGAUCUAGUGCCAUCCACAGCUCUAUACCCCUCUCCAAGUCCAUCAGGUAUUUCUCAAAUGUGGACAAGUGAUUUCACUGUAUAUACUGCAUUUAACAGUGCUUCUGAAAUAACUUCAGAGCUCAUGGCCACAUUCAUUACACCUUCGUUGAUAUCUUCAUCAACUUCUCCUUUGUCAAGUACAUCGUUGUCAUCACAAAGUUCAGUGAUAGUGGAAGCAUCUCAAACUUUAAGAGCAACAUCCUUAGUGGUUUCGACUGAAGAGAUGCGAGUGACAUCAAUUGAACUUGGACAUUCUUCACCAACAAUGUCACAAAACUUGUCACCUUUGCCAUCUUCUAUGGAAUCCUCAUCAUCUCCACCACCCUCUUCACUGGGUGCAUCUUUUAUCAUGUCAACUCCAACAGUAUUGAUGCCAUCAUCUGUUUCCAUGCCAACAACUUCUAGAUCCCCAUCACCAUCAUCAUCAUCAUCAUUGUUGUUAUCAUCCUUUCCAUUGUUACCCGAGGCAUCACAGUCUUCCAUCUCACUGAUCAAUGAAUCAUCAUCUGGUGCUGCAUUUACCACAACUCAAUCCCUCAGUCCAACUCCUAUUAUUCCUACCCCGUCAACUACAAUGGACACGUCUACUCAACCAUCUCUAACUACAGCUGGACCAGAUCAACUCUCCAUCUUAGAGUGGUUCGGCAUUGCAGUAGGAGGGGCUGCAGUAUUGUUUAUUUUGUUUUUGCUGUUCCACUGCUACCAACUGAGGCAAAGGACCAUAAGGAAACAAAAGAAAGAGAUGAAAAAGGAAAUUUUGGAUUUCUCACAGAGUAAUCGUAAUGACCGCAUCAGCUCAUGGAGAAAUAGCCUGGCGUUGGAUGCCAUGGCAAUGCAUAUAGAACUACCUCAGGAAGAUAGUAUGGACAUGCAAGCCCUGGACAAUCUUGGAUUUGAGGAGGUGUUCUUAGGGGAUGGACCAAAGUCAUCAUCAAACAACAACUACUUCCUACCACAGACCAACUUGUGAACGUCAACCAAGGCAUCGAGCAUCUUCAUUGACAGCUAAUCUCACCUGGUGUGACUCUGAACAAAAGUACCUUGAAGAUGAACUCGGAUGCAAACAGGUGUGAUGAUAACAUUUUUCAUUUUUUAGAAACAGCAGCCUAGGAGAUGCAUGCAGUUCGUGGAGCAUGAAGUAAUGAAUCAUGACUGAAAUAUGAAAGAAGUGACAAUUGUCAAAUUUUGACUAGUAGAUAGCAGAUAGAUGUGAGAUCCAUCAAGUAUUACCACCAGAGGGAAAGGGGUGCAAUACAUAAUAAAUAGUGUUGUCAGCCCCUUCCCCCCAACAAAAUGUAAGAAAAGAACUUGGGUAAAAUUAAAAUAUAACAUUCAGUUAGAGGCUCUGGUUGAGAUUCUCUAUAGCAUUGUACUAUCUGUACGCUGCACCAUUGACUGAAUCUGCAGUUAGUAGGAUGCAGUAUCAUGCUAUUGAUAGCUUUGACCUGUGACAUGAAUUAUGGUACAGCCACUUCUGUAUCAUAUUUAACUUUACAUCAUAUAUAAUCUAUUUUAUGGUGGGAGUUUUCAUGUCACAUGAGCCAUUCCCUGGUGAGUCACUUCAUGGGAGUUUUAUGAUGUAGGAUGUGAUAAAAAAAUUAACAUUUAUAAGGUUUAUGGUUAAACCUUUUGGGUAGUCCUGAAAAAGGAGUGUUGGGUUUGAAAGGGGAUAAAAAAAAGUAUAAGUUCUUUAGUGUUAAGUCCUAUUGAGGACUACUUGAUAUUGUUGGGAGAGAAGUAGAGCGAUAUGGAGAGAAGAACUUUGUGUGUG